UGUUUCCUAAAUAUCAGUAAAAAUGGUGAAAAAAAGCAAAGGUCGUCAGAAAAUAGAGAUGACCAAAAUGAAGAAUGAAAGUAAUCUUCAAGUUACUUUCUCAAAAAGAAGAUCUGGGCUUUUCAAAAAGGCUAGUGAGCUUUGCACACUUUGUGCUGCUGAAAUCGCCAUUAUUGUGUUCUCACCCGGUCGAAAAGUCUUUUCUUUUGGUCACCCAAAUGUUGAAACCGUGAUUGAUCGAUUCUUAAACAAUGGCCAACCACUUCCUACCGAGCCCAACAACAUACAACUAAGUGAAGUAUGUCGAAAUUCUACGAUUCGGGAUCUGAACAAUCAUCUCACUCAGGUGCUGAGUCAAUUGGAAUCUGAGAAGAAAAAGUAUGAAGAACUGAAAAAGAUCAGAGAAAAUUCCAAGAAGCCUAUGAAUUGGUGGGAUGAACCUAUCGAAGGAUUUGACUUAACCCACGCCCUUGAAUUCAAGAGGCAGCUUGAACUUCUGAAGAAGUCGGUUACUCAAGAAGCCUCCAAGAUCUUUCAAAACACUCCAUUCCAAAACUUCUACGUGGGAAGUUCUAGCAAUGCUCCUUCAAUGGUUGAUGGUGGUAAUCAUAUCAAUCCAGAUUUCGAUCAGUUUAAUCAAAGAAGAAUGGUGAACAUGAAUGCUCUCUACAACCCGAACAUGAUGCUUCCUAAUCAUCAUCCAUUAAUGUUUGGAAACAAUAGCCAUGGUCAUAUGGCUGAAGGGUUCUUUCCGCAGUACAGUAUGAACUACAGAGCAGCAGAUUACAACCAGAAUCCAAAUCUGAGCUUCAAGGAAGAAAACAUCUCUGAAAAUGAACAUCAUCUUUCUGCUCAUCCUCCUCACCCUAGAUCCGAUUACCAUUAAUCGUUUCUAUUGUGAUUUACAAAAAAGAAGUUUUAGUUUGUUCUAAUUUCUUCUUAUUUGUAUUGUGUUCAUCCCUUUUUUAAAUUCCUCAGUUCUUGUUAUUAUGUUGUGUCUUUAUUUUCUUUCAGAAUUACUAUGUUGUAAUAUUUCCC